GAAGGAUUAAGCGAGAAAAUUCAAGGCCAGAACACAAACCCGUCGCUACGCUGCACCAACCCCAUUUAUGGCAGUGCCGCUUCCUUUACAGCGCUACUCGCAUAUUGAGCGCCCUUCUUUUAACAUUGUAGCAUCCGCAUGAACAGCGUUACUAUACUCUAGUGCUUCAGAAUUAAGUCCCGGUUGAGAAUACGUUUUUAUCCCUAUGGUUCCUCCUCUUCUAAAACAACGAUACCAUGAGCUGUUUGACCUGCGGGUUCGCGGACCUCGUAUUCCUCUGAAAAAACGGUUGGAAUGUUUCUCUUGGGCGUGGUUUGCUUCUAGUAUGGGUACGGGUGGUAUUGCCAUGGUCAUCAGUCUGUAUCCUUAUCGAUUUUAUGGUAUGAAUACCAUUGGAAAAGUGGUAUUCAUUUUCCAGUUGUGUUUGCUGGCUACAUAUUUUAUAUGCAUCACGUAUCGGUUUGUACGGGUUCCUGGCAGCCUCCAAAAGUCGUGGACAAACCCGGCCGAAAUGCUUUUCAUUCCCACAUCUUUGUUGUCUGUUGCAACAUCGAUUAGCUGUCUUGAUCCAUUCGCCUGGCCAUAUGUUGGCAUAUGGAUGGUGUAUUUCAUUCGUGUCGUAUACUGGAUAUUUGUCGGCGUUAGUUUCAUUUUCGUGAUGGGACAAUUCUACACGUUGUAUUCACGAAACAUCUUUACACCGGAGACGAUUGCACCAGCACUUGUUUUGCCCAUUUUCCCUUGCAUGAUUUGCGGUGUUAUCGCCAGUGCCAUUGCUGAGUCCCAGCCGGCUAAGCAAGCGAAGGACAUGGUUAUUGCUGGAAUUGCAUUCCAGGGUCUUGGUUUCUGGGUGUAUAUUAUGGUAUAUGCAGUGAACAUGUAUAAACUAUUUAUCUAUGGUCUAAUGCCGGCGUCUGACCGGCCAGGCCUGUUUAUUUUUGUUAGUCCACCCUCUUUCACGGGGCUUACCUUGCUUGAUCUCUCUUUUGCCGCUCGUAAAAAAAGACCCUAUAUUUUCGUGGGUGAAAACUCAUCUGAAAUGUUGGAGUUUGUGUCAUGUUUUAUGGCACUGUUUAUGGUUGGACUAUCCCUGUUCAAUUUCAGCAUUGCGUUCGUGUGCAUGGUAGCUGGUUUUUGCAGCAAACAAGCCGUAAAGUUCAAGGUGAGCUGGUUCGCCAUGGUCUUCGCUAACGUUGGUCUUGUUAUGGACAUUGAUGAAAUUGGCCGGUCAGUCAAUUCAGCGGCAAUAAAAAUGGUAGGCGAGAUUGCUGGUGUCGCUAUUACAGUAGUGUGGAUUGCACUAUUUCUUAUGGCUGCGCGUGCUGUGUACGUGCAGGAGAUCUUAUAUCCAGGGAAAGACGAAAAUUCUAGCACGCUGUCACACGAAGUUCUGCAGUACUACUCCGCACUGCAAGAAACCGUGGCUACAUACAACAUCCCUGCACCCCAGCCUGGUGGAGAUCCCUCUACGGCCGCAUAUAACGCAGACAUGGCUCCUAUUGAUGAAAAGAAAGAUGGAGAUAUGAGCAGCGCCUACAGACGAAACUUUUACCCUGCAGUGCAUGGAAAUCCAACGCCCGAAGAAAUCAUUUAGACAACACAUUGACUGGUGCGAACACACAGAAAUCGUGCAUAGACCGUUCGCGCUCUCCUUGUUACCCCGAAUUCCAGCGCACGCUCAUUCUCUCAUAUACAACAUCUUCCGACCGUGAUAGACUAUGUUUUUGUGCUCAUAACUUGCACAGGGCUUUUUACUAAAGUUCUACUAGUUCUGUUUUCGGAUUGCGCUUUACGUAACAACCGUUCGGUACUUUUGGCCCCGCAUGUUCCGACUCCAUCUUGCUAUGGUCGGUCAUUGCAUGAACAGUGUUGUACAUCCUGAAGAACCACACUUACGUUACUAAAAAGCGUCUACUACUCGUCCGUGUUUUUUUGAGUUACAUCUGAAGACAUCUCAUGUUUUCUAUAAUUUUCUUUACGCAUAUUUGUGUCAUAUUAUUAAUAAACAUAUAUCUCUAUAUGCUAAUCUAGCACCGCUA